AUGGAGGUGGUUCCCCAGGACGCGCAGCCAGCGCCCUCCGAGCCCCGGGGGCUGCGCUGGUUGCUGGCGCUUGACUUCCGAAAAGAGCUGCGGGGGCUGCUGCGGCUGGCCGGCCCGGUGUUUUUGGCUCAGCUGAUGAUGUUUCUAAUCAGUUUCAUAAGUUCAGUGUUCUGUGGCCACUUGGGAAAGCUGGAGCUCGAUGCUGUCACCCUUGCAAUUGCUGUUAUAAAUGUCACUGGCAUUUCAGUUGGAUUUGGCUUGGCUUCAGCCUGUGAUACACUCAUCUCCCAGACUUAUGGCAGCCGCAACCUGAAGUAUGUUGGGGUCAUCGUUCAAAGAGGAAUCCUCAUGCUUCUCCUCUGCUGUUUCCCCUGCUGGGCGGUCUUCAUUAACACGGAGCAGAUCCUACUUCUUUUUAGGCAGGAUCCAGAUGUGUCCAGGCUUACCCAGACCUACGUCCUGAUCUUCAUCCCUGCUCUUCCUGCAGCCUUCCUUUACAUAUUGCAGGUUAAAUAUUUGCAGAACCAGGGAAUAAUACUUCCCCAGAUUGUUACGGGAGUGGUGGCCAACAUCCUCAAUGCCCUCAUUAACUACGUGCUUCUCCAUCAGCUGAGCCUGGGUGUGAUGGGAUCUGCACUGGCAAAUACCAUUUCCCAAUUCUCCCUCACCCUCCUCCUCUUUCUGUAUAUCCUCUGGAGAAAGCUGUACCUCGAUACCUGGGAAGGAUGGUCUCUUGAGUGCCUACAUGAAUGGGACUCCUUCCUUCAGCUGGCCAUUCCAAGCAUGCUCAUGCUCUGCAUUGAGUGGUGGGCGUAUGAGAUCGGGAGCUUCCUCAGUGGUACCAUCAGCAUGGUGGAGCUGGGAGCCCAGUCUGUUGUCUAUGAGCUGGCUACAAUAGUAUACAUGAUCCCCACGGGCUUCAGUGUGGCCGCCAGUGUUCAUGUGGGAAACUCUCUGGGAGCGGGGGAUAUUAAGCAGGCCAAGAUAUCUUCAGCUGUUUCUCUGCUGACCACAGAAAUGUUUGCUGUCACCCUGUGCAUCAUACUUGCGAGCUGCAAGGAUGUUGUUGGGUACAUUUUCACCAGUGACAAGGACAUCAUCACCCUCGUCUCCAAGGUCAUUCCCAUCUACGCCUGCUCCCACCUCUUUGAUGGCUUUGCUUGUACGUGCGGUGGGAUUUUACGAGGAUCAGGAAAUCAGAAGAUUGGGGCCAUCUUGAAUGCUAUUGGCUAUUAUGUCAUUGGUCUCCCCAUUGGAAUCUCGCUGAUGUUUGCAGCUGACCUUGGGGUGAUAGGUCUAUGGUCAGGAAUAAUCAUCUGUUCCAUCUUGCAAGCCGCCUGCUUUCUGGGCUUCAUCUUACGCCUGAACUGGGAAAAAGCCAGCGAAGAGGCUCGAGUGCGUGCUAAGUUAAAGGGUAAGGUGACCAAGGUGAGGAGCCACCAGGAUCGGGUCAUCUAUCAGGGCCCAAUUCCAUCAGUGGACUCGGAACACCCGGCUGGUGUUUUACUGGGAGAUGCAGACGAUGCUGUCCACAAGGAGGAGAGCCAGGCAGAACAGCCAGAGGAGCCCCUUUCUAGGAGCCCUUCAAAAAACAAGGUCUUAUCUCUGAAAGACUUAGUCCUCCGGAGGGGGCUGGCACUCCUGGCUGCCGUUUUAAUCCUGGUGGCGGGCAUUUUGGUGAGGCUCUAUACAGGAACAUAAAACCAUGUCAAAGGACUGAUGGAAAACGAUUUCCACUCCACAUUAAAACCAGUGAAGGAUUCAGUGGUAAAUCUCCUUCCCUGUUCCCCCAAAGAAGGUAGUAAUCAGCCACCAGCCAAGGACAGGCUUCAUGGUGCAGUGGAAAGAAUGUAGGACCUGGAGUCAGAGGACCUGAAUUCAAAUUGAACAACUUGCGUGACUUCUCUCGUGAGACCUCUCGGCCUCAGUUUCCUCAUCUGUAAAAUGAAGAGGCUGGCCUCAAAGGUCCCUUCCAGUUCUCCAUCUGACUCUGCUGCGCCUGUAGAUUUCCUUUGAGAAUGGGCAGGGCAAGGACCUCCUGCCUGACUGCGGAAAAGGAGCUGAGCUGGACUGAAGGUCUUGUCCCUUCCUUUUCUCUGAAAGGCUCCUACAAGGGUUAACUCAUCCGUCCAUGACUCGGAGAAGAACUUUGGUUACCAUCUAUGUAUUAUGCUCUGCUAAUAUUGUAGCUCGUCAUUUGGGUUUUUCUUUUUUUAGAAAGUAUGGACCCAUCAUGCAUUGGGAAGGGCUUGUGGAAAUGUUAAAAAUUCAUUUUCCAAACCUUCUCUCUCAAUAAAUCUUUUUUCUCCCUUUACAUUA